AUGAACAAUUCAUAUUGGUCACCUGAUUAUAAGUCAGGUAUAAACAAUUUACAAUCACAAUCUUUUAAAUCAUUAAAUCAAUUACAUGAAAUACGUAAGUUAAUAUUCAAUUAUGUUUCUUAUUAUUAUUCAAAUAGUGAAUAUUUAAACUCAUCAUCAAUUAAUCUAUAUCAACCAAAUAGUCAAUUCAAACAACAACAACAACCAAUCUCAAAACCAACUGAUUCCAUAGCUAAUUUAAAUACUGCUUAUUCAUUGUAUAUAAACCAGUUGAGUACAGAAUCUGAAUUAUUAUCAACAUUGGCUUCGAUUAUAGAUAAAAAGAUCUUGUCUGAUUUAACUUCAUUUAUAAAAUAUCAUGAGCCUAAAAUAAUUAAUAAUUUUAAAGUGCUAAAUGAGAUUUAUGAUGAGUAUAUAUUAACUUAUUCAAAGAUAGAAAAAUUGAAAAAUGAAUAUAUGGAACAAUUAAGAAUGAAGGAGUUUGCUCAACUGCCGAAAAAGGAGGUGGUUAAUGAUCCUGAAACUGAUUAUUCUGAAGUUGAGGAAAGUGAAGAUGAAAAAGAGAGUGAGGAGAAAGUUAAUUUUGAUUUUAAGUUUCCUUUGAAGUUAGGUACUCAUAAUGUUGAUAGUAUAAGUGAGUUGAAAUUGAUUAUUCUGGAAUUGAUUGAUAAAAUACCUGUUGUUACGAGGAAAAUUCCAUUACCAGGUUAUAAAAAUGAAAUCUUUAGUAGUGAUUCAUUCUGUGAUGUGGUUUCUAAAUUGAGGAUUAAAGGUAUGUCUAUAUCGCGUCUGAAUUUGGAGAAGUUUGGUCAAUCUUUACUUGAUUUGAAGUUCAUAGUAUCUACAAAUGUGUUUUCAAAGAAGUUUAAAAGUGAAAAUAUGUGGUUUGAAUGGAGUAAUUUGGCUGAAUACGUUGCUGAAUUUGAAGAAACAAAAACUCCUGAAGAAAGUAAUCAAGAGGUAUCAUCCCCUCAAUUUAAAUUUGUGAAUGAUAUACAAGAAACAACCAGUAGAUUCAAUAAUAUAUUCAAAACAGUAAAGAGUUCAUUAUUGAGAUCAAAUCAUGAUGAAAAUUUACAAAACCUCGAGCAUAAUUAUAACAAAGAGGUGUUAAAACUACAAGAAUUGAAAUAUAAAUUAGAUAAUCAAAUCCUUGAAGUAACUAAAUAUCUUGAUCAUUUUGAGGUUAAAAAAAUUGAAGUUGUAUAUUUUUGUUUGACUAGUUUAUCGGACAUAUUAUCAAGAAAUAAUCAUAACCAGGCAAUAAUUUCCCAAAAUUUUGCUGCAUCUUUCAAAUCAAUCUAUGAAAAUAAACAAAAUUACAAAAAUGAGUAUUCAUCAACAAUUGACAAAUUUUCAACGGGUGUUUAUUUUUCAAACAAGGAUUUUCCUCAAUUUUCCAGUAAAUCAGUAUUCCAAAGUUUGAAAUUUCAAUUUGACAUGUUUGUCGAUUUCCCAUUACAAUUGUCGAAUUGUCAAAUAAGUGACAUUCAAUUGUUGACUCAAAGUUCAAUACCGUAUUUCCUUUUCGUGAUGAUUAAAAUUAUAGAGAAGAAGGAGGAAGAUUUGAGGCAGGGUUGGUUAAGUCCAUUGAAUCAUCAAUCAAAUUGGAGAAUAAAGGAAAAAAUAUAUGAAAUUAUCUCGAAUGUAAAACCAGAGACAAAUGAGAUGACUAUGAUUCAAAAAUUAUGUUUGGAUGAAGUUUUAGGGUUUUUGAAAAGUUUGAAUAGUUUUGAAUUGGUUGGGUUUUUAAAGGAUUGGUUAUUGGAAAUUAGUGAUUCUAUUAUUCCUUUUAUUGUAUUUGAUUCAUUAAUAAAGGAGGAACAUGAUAUUGUUGAAAAAUUGGCGAGUAUACCUAGAUCUAAUUUAUCUUCUUUGUUAUAUUUAUUGGAGCAUAUUGUGAAAGUGUUUGAAUUAGAGAAUUUAGAUACUUAUGGUGUGUCAGAUGAGUUACCUACUAUAAUGGAUCAAGAUAAGUCAAUUGAAGAAUUAAAUACAAUAAAUACUCAAGUUAAAUCAAAUGAAGAAACAGAAGAACAAAUUGCAACUGAAUUUAAGGAUAUGUCAAUUGAAGAGACUCAAGAAACAAAUACAAAAACUGAAGAACCGACUAUGACAACUCCUCAAAAUGAACUAAAGGAAGAAAUAUCUGCUCGAUCAAAAUCAGAUAAAGCAAUAAAUAAAUCACGAGAUAAUUCAAUAGAAGAAAUAUCAGAACAAUUAAAUUCAAUGAAUCAAAUAGGUGCUAUUCCAUUCAUGCAUUUAAUAAUGAGACCGUCAAUACAGAAAAACUCAACAGGUUUCAAACCGCCUCUCAAUUCAUACAUUAAAAUACUUGCAAAUUUAUUAACUUAUGAAACAAGAUCUAAAUUAUUCAAUUGUGUAUUGAAUCAAGAAUCAAAAUAUAAAACCAAAAAGGAAAGUGAAAUCAAAUUUGGAUUACAAGUUAAAAAGCUACCCGUACCUAAAAUAAAUAAAGAAGAAAAAGUUAAAGAAACACCAAAGACACCAACCCAAGAAAAAAAUGUGAAUUUGAUUAGUCCUAGGCCAUUGAGUUCUGAUUUUGCUUUGAGAACAUUUAAGACCAAAGUUACACCUAUGCCUUCUCCACAAAAUACUUCAAAACAUAAUGUUGAAAAAGAAGGUAAUAGAUCAAGAAGUUCAAGUUCGAAUUUUUUAAAAUCUAAUAUUAUAGAUGUUGAAUUUGAAAAAUAA